CUCGACUGCUUGACCCCGUCAAUUAAAGUCAUCUUCUCUCUCCGCCAAAACGAUUCUGUCGAGAGGUCAUCUCCCGACACCACCAGUAUUCGACACACAAUGGAAGCCUGGGAACAACCAUCACCAAUGAUUAAGUUCGAGGACUCGCCUGCCGAGUCUUUCGUUUCGACACCCGGCGAAAUAUAUCCUUCGCUUUUUGGUGACGCAAACGUCGUCAACGAUGAAACCUUAGAUCCCUCAGACAUGAUGACGCCGCCGCCCUUCAAUGACGAUGGAGGUGUGCCAGCAUCUACGGCAUCGACCCCGGCCCCAGACGGAGCAGGAUCCUCGUCACCGGAUAAGAAGCAGACGAAGAAGAGGAAGUCAUGGGGUCAAGUUCUCCCUGAGCCAAAGACCAACCUCCCCCCUAGAAAACGAGCCAAGACAGAAGACGAGAAGGAACAACGCCGUGUUGAGCGGGUUCUUCGCAAUCGCCGAGCUGCACAAUCAUCUCGUGAGCGAAAGCGCUUGGAGGUUGAAGCACUGGAACGACGCAAUAAAGAGCUCGAGUCUGCUCUUCAGAACGUCACCAAAGCAAAUCAGUUGUUGGUGGAUGAACUGAACAAGUUCCGUCGUGACUCGGGCAUGUUGACUCGUUCAACAUCUCCCCACGACCCUCUACACAAGAACUCGUUGACCUUGUCCCAGGAGCUCUUCAGCUCACACGAUGGACACCGCGCUUCCUUGAACGAGACCAAGUCCCUUGUCGACGAUCUCAUCACCACGUCUCAACACAGUGCAACCGUCAACCCCGCAUCGCUUUCCCCUGAGCUCUCACCUGUCGCCGAGAGUGAAGAGGUCAGCGGUGAGGAGCAGCCGACGGCCGAGACCUCCGUUGCGAAGUCUGCCUCCGACCUGACACAACGUCCUGCAGCGAUGUUGUGCGACCUGCAGUGUCAUCUGUCGGAGGAGCUUCCGCAAUCAUGGCUGGCCUCUCAAACCCCUCUGCAUCCGACCUUGGCCUUCUUUCUGCAGCUUCAGACACUACUAGUCACCUCAUCAGUGAUUCUUUCAGUUUGUCAGCGGCCCUUGACGCAGAUCGCUAUGUCCUUGAAAGCGGGCUUCUCUCUUCCCCCAACUCCCACGAUUACGAACACGAUUAUCUGGUUGGUGACUCUACCUUCCUCCAAGACCCGUUCGAUAUCAACGAGUUCCUCCACGACGACGAUAACGGCGCAGCCGUCGCAGCGGACCCGGAAUCCGGCGGUGAUCUCGCCCACUUUGAGACUCAAAUCUCUUCAGAGAAUCCUAACCUGCAGCCCCACUCUGGCGCGUCCGCUCAUGGAUGCGACGAUGGAGGCAUUGCGGUUGGUGUCUGAGAGACGCGACGACCGGGAAGGGAGAUCAUCGGCCGCGUCUUCGGCGCAGCGCGACAGCAGCCGAACACCGCAAAUGUGGACUAUUGGCGCCCCUUUACCGUCUAAGGAGGUUCUUUUGACUUUACUUUGGGUUCUAAGAGUUGAAGAGCGGAAAAUGACCCGCAGGACCGUACUCCAAUCCAGAUCUCAAGCCCCUGAUCCGGCGGAGAGUAUUUUAACACCAAUGAACAACCAUGUGUUGACUAUGGCUUCGAAGAGGAAGCGAGGCGUCGCUGAUACAAAUAAGGCUGGGAAGCGAUUUCGGUUGACUUGA